AAAAUUAAAAAUAAACUCUUGACAUUUUUUAACUUUUUUUUUUUGGGGUUUGUGGAAAUAACAAGUGAGAUCCACUUCAAUUUGGCCAAAAACUCAGCUGAAUUUUGAAGCUUUGUAAAUUCUUCAAGCCGAUUCCCUCAAACCCUCUUUGUCUUUUAUUAUUAUUAUUAUUAUUUUUGCAGGGAUUUCCUCCUUUCUUCAAGCACCAUCCAACAUGAGUCGUCACCCGGAGGUUCUUUGGGCUCAGCGGUCUGAUAAGGUAUAUCUGACGAUUUCUUUACCUGAUGCAAAAGACAUUACUGUUAAAUGUGAGCCUCAGGGGUUAUUUAGUUUCUCUGCCAUGGGGGUGCAAGGUGAAUCCUUCGAUUUCAGCUUGGAGCUUUUUGGAAAAAUUGUUCCUGAGGGUUGCAAAACUAAUGUUGGGUUAAGGAAUAUAAUAUGCUCUAUCAUGAAAGAAGAGAAAGGGUGGUGGAAAAGAUUACUAAAGACAGAAGAGAAACCUGCACCUUACAUCAAGGUUGAUUGGAACAAAUGGUGUGAUGAAGAUGAGGAAGAGCCAAAUUCUGAUUUGGUCUCUGAUGACGAUGAUGCCAUGUAUGUUGGUCAAGAUGAUGAAAGCAGUGAUGAUGAAGGAUUGCUGUAUCUUCCUGAUUUGGAGAAGGCAAGAGGAAACUAAGUAAUGAAUGACAAGUGGUAGAUGCUCCUACUCUGCUUUUCUUGGAGAGCUACCAAAGGGACAACGUUUACAUCAUACUGUUAUGGAAUUAUUAGAACUGGAGUUCAUAUAUAUCAUAUCUAAUCUGUAUUUAAAAGCGAGAUCAAUCACGGAUUAAGAGUGCUAGACAACAGUGAUUGGCUUGUAGAACUACAAUUCUGAAUUCAUUUGAAUCUAAAUUUUCGCAUGACUUGUUUAUUUGUCUUCAAGAAUCUUCACUCAUCCAAUGCUAAUGCCACAAUGGAGCAUCCAUGUAGUUCAUUUUCAACAUUGUUUGAUCUUUCUGUUAC